CGACAGGGAUUCAAAUCCAGCGGAAUUAUACUUUAUUAGAUUGCUUCCUUCAGUGAGAACUCUUUUCGUCUCCUGCAUUUCUCCUGCAGGUGUUGAACUAGGGGCCAGUUGUGCGCGCGCCCUUAUUUUGGGUCUUCCUUUUACCUUUUGUCUCCUGCAUCUUAACCCACCGCGAUAUAACCUUUCGCCUCUUGAGUCAAAAUGCGUUUGCAAGUGGUCACCGCCAUCGCCGCGUGGGCUGUUACCUCGGCCUGUCAGAGCCUGCCUGUCACUCGGAACCUGUGGUCUCGCGACGCCGACUACAAGGAACUCAGUGAGAAGCUUUCGACCUCUGCCAAGGUUUACUACCCUGGCUCGGAUGAGUUCAAGAAGGCUUCCACUCGGUGGUCCAAUCUGGAGUUGCCCACCGUGAACAUCGUUGUCGUUCCUAGCACAGAGAACGAUGUCGUUGAGACGGUGAAAUUCGCCAACAAGAAGGAAUUGCCCUUCCUGGCUUACAAUGGCGCCCACGGAGCCAUCACUACCCUGGGCAAGAUGACUAGUGGUAUCGAAAUUUACCUGGAUCAGCUUAGCGGUGUCGAUGUCGCCGAGGAUGGCAAGACGGUUACCAUUGCUGGUGGAACCAAGUCUAAGCUGGUGACUGACACGCUCUGGGAGGCUGGAAAGCAGACCGUCACUGGUACCUGCGAAUGUGUCAGCUACCUCGGUCCCGCCCUGGGUGGUGGCCACGGCUGGCUUCAGGGCCACCACGGUCUUGUUGCUGACCAGUUCGAGUCGAUGAACAUCGUGCUUUCCAACGGCACUCUUGCCACUCUGGACUCCAGCUCUGAGCUCUGGUGGGCCGUCAAGGGCGCCGGCCACAACUUCGGUAUCGUCACUUCCGUCACCUCCAAGGUCUUCGACAUCGAGCACAAGGACUGGGCCAUUUCGACCAUCACCUUCAGCGGCGACAAGGUCGAGCAGGUCUACGAGGCUGCCAACAAGUAUCUCCUCAAGAACGGUACCCAGCCUGCCGGUGUGAUCAACUGGUCGUACUGGCUGAACAACCCCGAUGCUGAUGCCAGCAACCCCGUCAUCAUCAUGUACAUCAUCCAGGAAGGCGUCAAGGAAGUCGACUCCGCCUACACAGCUCCCUUCGAAGAAAUCGGUCCCAUCUCCACCGACCCCCAGAGCGGCACCUACACCGACCUCGCCGCGUGGACCAACAUCGCUCUUGACUCCGUGCCCUGCCAGAAGUCCGGUCUCAUCAACCCGCGAUUCCCCAACUACCUUGAGACCUACAACGUGGCCGCGCAGAAGCAGGCCUACCAGGUCUUCGCGGAUGCCGUCCGUGGCUCCUCCGCCUUCAACGGCUCCAUCUUCAUGUUCGAAGGCUACUCCAUGGAAGGCGUCAAGGCGAUUGACGCCAAGAGCACCGCUUUUGCCUACCGUGACGAGAACAUCCUCUCCGCCCCCCUGAUCACCUACAAGCCUGACGGUGCCGAGCUGGACGAGAAGGCCGCUAAGCUGGGUAACCAGCUGCGUCAGAUCCUGCAGGACGCGAGCGGCACCGCGGAUGUGCGCGCGUACGUCAACUAUGCGUAUGGUGAUGAGGGCUCCGAGGGCUGGUAUGGUAGCGAGAGCUGGAGACAGAGCCGUCUGCAGAGCUUGAAGAAGAAGUAUGACCCCAGCGGCAUGUUCAGCUUCUAUGCGCCGAUCGCUUAGAGGAGAGGGCGACGAUAUGAUUGUUCUUUUGUGAGAUGUGUAUAUACAUGACUUUGUCUGAUGCUAAGGACGCGGGUGAUUUGAACCUACCUAUGAAUUACAAUAGUAAU